UAGCAACAGCAACGAAUACUUGCUCCGGAAAACCAACAAAAUCGUCCUCUGUGCUGACCUGUUGGCCUUAGAGGCCUGAAGAAAAGAUACAAUGAUGCUAGAUCUUGGUCCUUUUUCAGAGGAGAAAUUCGAUCCGAAGAAAUGGAUAAACACGGCGUGCAAGACACGGCAACCUCAGGAUUCCCUCGACAAGCACAUGGUGGAUCUCGAAAUGAAGCUCCAAAUGGUAUCCGAAGAGAUCGCCGCUUCGCUCGAGGAGCAAAGUUCUUCCGCUCUCCUCCGUGUCCCUCGCGCUACCCGUGAUGUUCUCCGUCUUCAAGACGAUGCCGUUUCUCUCCGCAAUUCUGUUGCCGGCAUCCUCGACAAGCUCAAGAAGGCAGAGGGAUCAUCGGCAGAGUCUAUAUCUGCUCUUGCUAAAGUUGACACUGUCAAGCAGCGAAUGGAAGCUGCAUACGAGACACUGCAAGAUGCCGCUGGAUUAACACAACUUAGUGCAACAGUAGAGGAUGUGUUUGCCUCCGGGGAUCUUCCACGUGCUGCAGAAACCUUGGCUAACAUGAGACAUUGCUUAUCUGCUGUUGGGGAGGUGGCCGAGUUUGCGAAUAUUAGGAAGCAACUUGAGGUCUUAGAGGACAGGUUGGACACAAUGGUGCAGCCUCGUCUCACAGAUGCAUUAUCCAAUCGCAAGGUUGAUGUUGCUCAAGAUUUGCGGGGAAUACUUAUCCGAAUUGGUAGAUUCAGGUCUCUGGAGUUGCACUAUACCAAAGUUCACCUAAAGCCCAUAAAGCAGCUCUGGGAUUAUUUUGACUCUAAAAAGAGAGUUAGUAAGCUUGCUAAUGAGAAGAGCGAAGCUGAAAGGCUGGCAAGUAAUAAUGACUCACAGUCAAGUUCUCUGGCUGUUUCUUUCUCAAGUUGGCUUCCUACUUUCUAUGACGAGUUGCUACUCUACCUUGAACAAGAAUGGAAGUGGUGUAUGUUUGCUUUUCCUGAUGAUUAUAAGACUCUUGUUCCAAAGCUUCUCACAGAAACCAUGGCUGCUGUGGGGUCAAGUUUUGUUUCCCGGAUCAACCUUGCUACUGGAGAGGUUGUUCUUGAAACAAAAGCACUUUCUAAGGGUAUAUUAGACAUUUUAUCUGGAGAUCUGCAAAAAGGUAGUAAGAUUCAGACUAAGCAUCUAGAAGCUCUGAUUGAUUUACACAAUAUGACUGUCAUCUUUGCAAGAAAUAUCCAGCAUUUAUUUUCAGAAUCUGAUCUCCAAGUUUUAAUGGACACACUGAAGGCAGUGUACUUUCCAUAUGAAUCAUUUAAACAGAGGUAUGGACACAUGGAGCGAGCUAUCCUCGCCUCUGAGAUCGCUGGGGUGGAUCUAAGGGGAGCUGUCACACGUGGUGUGGGAGCCCAGGGUAUUGAACUUAGCGAGACAGUUCGAAGAAUGGAAGAAUCUAUUCCUCAAGUUAUAUUACUUCUUGAGGCAGCUGUGGAGAGGUGCCUCAGCUUUACUGGCGGUUCAGAGGCUGAUGAGUUGAUUCUUGCACUUGAUGACAUAAUGUUACAGUACAUUUCUACCCUUCAAGACACCCUCAAAUCACUUAGAGCUGUCUGCGGAGUGGACCGCAAGGACUUUGGCUUGGACAAGAAGGAAGGGGCUCAAAAUUCAAGAAAAGCUGAUUUGAUCUCUAAUGAAGAGGAGUGGUCAAUUGUUCAAGGGGCCUUGCAGAUACUCACAGUUGCAGACUGUCUAACAAGCAGAUCGUCUGUCUUUGAAGCGUCAUUGAGGGCAACUCUGGCUAGAUUGAGAACAAGUUUGUCAUUUUCAGCAUUUGGUUUGAGUUUGGAUCAAAACCAGCUGCCUGUCGCAAAUGAUGAUGGAAAUGGGGAGCCACCAUUGGGUGAAAGAGCUGCCUUGGAUGUUGCAGCGGUGCGGCUUGUUAAUGUUCCCGAGAAGUCCCGGAAACUAUUUAACCUUUUAGAUCAGUCUAAAGAUCCUCGAUUUCAUGCACUUCCGCUUGCAUCCCAAAGGGUAGCUGCAUUCGCCGAAGCAGUGAAUGAGCUGGUGUACGACGUCCUCAUAUCGAAAGUACGACAACGUCUCAGUGAUGUGUCCCGUAUGCCGAUCUGGUCUGCAGCAGAGGAACAAAGUGCUUUCCCUCUACCAACCUUCAGUGCGUACCCUCAGUCCUAUGUGACAAGUGUGGGGGAAUAUCUUCUCACUUUGCCUCAACAAUUGGAACCACUUGCUGAGGGUAUUUCUAACAGUGACGCCAACAAUGAUGAAGCUCAGUUCUUUGCAACAGAAUGGAUGUUCAAGGUUGCUGAAGGGGCCACCGCCUUGUACAUGGAGCAGCUGCGUGGGAUCCAAUAUAUAACAGAUCGUGGAGCACAGCAGCUGUCGGUUGAUAUUGAGUACUUGAGUAAUGUGCUGUCUGCUCUCUCAGUGCCAAUUCCUCCGGUUCUUGCAACCUUUCAGACCUGCCUUGGGACGCCUAGAGAUCAGUUAAAAGACCUGUUAAAGGCCGACAAUGGGAAUCAACUUGAUCUUCCCACUGCCAACCUUGUGUGUAAAAUUCGGCGUCUGAAUUUGGAUUAGUAAAUUUUGUGAUUUCAAAAUAACUCGGAUCAACGUGACCA